AUGCUCGCCGUUGGAUCGAGCGCGGGCGCGACGCGCGCGAGCGCCCGAGCGCCGACGUCCUCCGCUCGGUCGAACACUCGCCGCCAAGCGGUCGUUUGCGCCGCGCGUCGCUCGACGAAGACGUCGGCGGUGACGUUUGGGACGACUCGGGAUGAAGGUGCAAUCGGACGACGACGAUGCGUGCAGCGAACGACUGCAGCGGUUUGGAAGCCGGCGGCGCGCGCGCGCGUGGUGGCAGCGGCCGGGAAGCUGUCGGAGAUGGACGUGAAGACGAAGACGGCCGUGUACUUCUUCCUGUGGUACUUUUUUAAUAUCGUCUUUAACGUGUACAACAAAUCCACGCUGAACGUGUUUCCGUAUCCGUGGUUGAUCUCCACCCUGCAGCUCGCCGCGACAAGCCUAUGGAUGCUGACGGUGUGGGCUACGAAGAUUCAACCGAAGCCGGAGGUAACCAAGGCAUUCCUGUUGGCUGUCGCCCCGGUCGCCUUCUUUCACACCGUCGGUCACGUCUCUGCGUGCGUGAGUUUCAGCAAGAUGGCAGUGUCUUUCACGCACGUCAUCAAGGCUGCAGAACCGGUUUUCUCCGUGAUUCUCUCUGGGCCGUUGCUUGGUCAAACGUUCGCUCCAGCGGUGUGGGCUUCUCUUAUCCCCAUCGUCGCUGGUUGCUCUAUGGCGGCGAUGAAAGAAGUUAGUUUCAACAUCACAGGCUUCCAAGGUGCUAUGAUCAGCAAUGUUGCCAUGGUUUUGCGCAACAUCACGUCAAAGAAGUCUUUGAAUGACUUCAAGGCGAUUGACGGCAUCAACUUGUACGGUAUUUUGGGCAUUAUCGGCCUCUUCUACCUCGCUCCCGCGGCUUAUAUGAUUGAGGGCGCUCAGUGGUCUGCUGGUUACGCCGCUGCCAUCGCCAAGGUUGGCGAGCAAAAGCUUUGGCAGAUGCUCUUCUUGUCGGGUAUCUUCUACCACUUGUACAACCAGGUCAGCUACCAAGCGCUCACGAACAUCACCCCGGUCACGUUCAGUGUCGGCAACGCUCUGAAGCGCGUAGCCGUCAUCGUCGCUUCCGUUAUUUACUUCAGAAAUCCGGUGUCGCCUUUGAAUGCGGCGGGCUCUGCACUGGCUCUUGUCGGCGCAUACCUGUACACCAAGGCGUCCGAGAAGAAGUAA